CCCGAUAGGCGGGACAAGUGAAAAUUUUGCUCUUUGUCUAAUUACUCACUAACCUGAUGGGUGGUUAGUAUCAACUUCCAGUAUUUGUGCGAGCGAAGUAUUAUAUAAGCCAGUUUUCGCGUUCAGGAAAGCAAGUAGCGUGCAGUUGCGCUGCUGUUUACAUAUAUAACUCAAAAAUCGCAUGUCGCAGUUUCACAAAAGUAAAGUGUAAUAAAGAUUCGCAACUAUAAAUCGUUGGCUUUGAAAACUGUUGAAGCAUAUCAUGGCUGACGGAGUAGGCAUCGACCUGGGCACCACACACUGCUGUGUAUAUGUACAGAGACCUAAUCGCGUUGCCCAACUUGUAAAAAACAAAGAAGGAGACAACACUACGCCUAGCUGGGUGCGUUACGAAGAGAACGGGAUUACUGUCGUCGGAAAAUCUGCCAAAAAGCAGAGUCCCAAGAAAGCCAACAGUACAAUUCGCAAUGCCAAAAGAUUGAUUGGACGCGGAUAUUCUGAUCCUGCUGUGCAAAGUGAAAUUCAGCGCAUGCCCUUUAAAAUAUUUGAGGACAGCGGCGUGCCCGUCAUACAGGCAAAAGGGUUGUCCGCAGAAGGGAACUCUGAAUGGAAGAAGAAUAUCCGUCCUGAAGAAGUCAGUGCAACUUUAUUGAGCUCAUUAAGAGAAGGGGCAAGACAGUUCUUGGGUACACCAGUGUCCAAGGCAGUGAUCACCGUUCCAGCCAAUUUUAAGGAACAUCAGAAGUCAGCGACAGUAAAGGCCGCUACUUUAGCAGGUUUCAGUGAUGUAAACCUACUACACGAACCAACUGCAGCUGCCAUCGCCUACGGCGAAAUGCUGAAUGAGCAGUGCACUGUAAUGGUGUUUGACUUCGGUGGAGGUACGUUGGACAUAACGAUCAUGGAGGUUAUUGCUCGGAAAAAAUACAAAGUUCUUACUACGGAUGGCGACAUGUAUUUGGGUGGUGAGGACUUUGACAACGAGAUCGUUAAGUAUUUUUUGUCGGACAUCAAAGCUAAACAUAACCGUGAUUUUUCAAAGGACAGCAAAAUACUGGCCACUCUGAAACUUGUUGCGGAAGAAGCAAAAAUUGCUUUGUCGGUUCCGAAUGCCCAAAUAUAUCGAGACAGCAUUGAUGCAUUGGAAUCAGUACUCGGCAGAGAAUAUGAAGCCGUUCUUACCAAGACCAGUUUUGAUAGCAUGUUUGGAUCACUGCUAGAAAACAUCAUUAAACCGGUGAAACGAGCCCUGGAAUCGAUUGAUUAUUCUCCAGCGGAUAUUAGUAAAGUAAUCAUGGUUGGUGGUAGCAGCAAACUGCCAGCUGUGAGACAUCACCUUGGGCGCUUCUUCGGCCGAGACGACAUUGUCUGCGCCGAUGUAAAUCCUGACGAGAUGAUUGCACGUGGAGCCGCAAUGCAGUCCUACCUUCUAAAUAACAACCUGUCCAUCACGGUUCAAGAGACUACGCCGUUUUACUACGGUUUGAAGCAAUAUGACGGCAGCAUCUCUGUUCUAAUUCCCAUUAGGACAGAGUACCCGUGCAGUUUCACCAAAGUUUUUGUAACAGCAAAGGAUGAUCAAACUGGCGUUUCAUUUAAAAUCUUUCAGAGCAAAUGCGGGUUUGCUCUGGACAAAUAUCAGAUUGGCAGAUUCGACAUUUCAAACCUGCCGGCGCGGAAGAAAGGGGAGUGCAAGUUUGAUGUCACCUUCGAGAUCAACGCCAACAAUCUUCUACAUGUUACCGCGCAAGGCAAAGGAACCAUUGCUCAUUGUAAAGAUAAAAUAGUUAUUGAUGUCAAACCCACCUAUUAAAAGCAAUGGAUUUACUGGGAAAACUUGCAAGCCAGUUUUUUAGCAAACGCUUAUACUGUCAAUCGCAGGAGAAAAUGGUCGAAAUUGUUUUAGAAUUUUGUAGUUGUUUGGUUUUGUGUAAGAAAUUUCAUGAUUUUGGUUUCGCUGGAGCCGCUUUAUCAAAUUUGUUAUCAAAUUACCAUUCAGUACUGAAAAUUCCUAGUUCUGUGUUUUCGUUGGCUUGCAAAUCGCCAUGCUUUGAUGUUGAAAACUGAGCAAAAUUUUGCGAAUUCUUACGA